AUGGCACGGAUCGCGCUUGGCGCAGUACCUUGGCUAAAGCAGAGCCGGAGCCCUCUGGCCUCGCAGGCCCGCAGCCGGCCCGGGCUGUGCAACCUGUACAAGGACUCACACCACGCGGCGAGGACCACCCACUACGGCUCCCUGCCCCAGAAGUCCCAGCACGGCCGGGCCCAAGAAGAAAACCCCGUAAUCCACUUCUUCAAGAACAUCGUGACGCCUCGCACGCCUCCUCCAUCCCAAGGAAAGGGGAGAGGACUCAGCAGAUUCAGCUGGGGGGCCGAAGGGCAGAGGCCAGGCUUUGGCUACGGCAGCAGAGCGUCUGACUAUAAAUCAACUCACAAGGGAUUCAAGGGGAUCCACGACGCCCAGGGCACGCUGUCCAAGAUCUUUAAACUGGGAGGAAGAGACAGUCGCUCUGGAUCGCCCAUGGCCAGACGCUGAGCCCGCCUCGUUCUGGAUCCUGCCCUCUGCUUCCCGACAUAACUGCCUUAAAACGUUACUACCCUCACAUGGAUUAGCUAGUUAGAGCAGACGACCUCCCCCCUAAUGCCUGUUGAGCUGUGCAUGCAGUAGGGUCCAGCACACGGCACCCUGCUAGCAAUUUCUGGCCAAAAGUUACAUGGAGAAAAAGAAAACAGAAAAUGGUCAAAACUGUCACUUCGCCUUUGAAGAUUCCAUUUCCUGGGAGUGCUCCCUCCCCGACAGGAGCCCCCAGAAGCACACGGCUCCCUGCAGGUCCGCGUGCACGGACGUCCCCCCAGGUUCACCCCUCCAUCCUUGGACUUCCUUUUCGCCGUGACCACGGCACCCCGAGCUUCCACUGGGCACUGCCAUGGACGCACACCGCUGUAGGGACAGAGAACACGAUGGGCGGGAGGACUGUUGUGAUCCAAGCUUCUUUGGUUUCUUUUCCCACCCUUCUCUCACCUCCUAAAGUGUAUUUAUUUCUCCUAACAGGAUUAGA